AUGGACAACGGCCCAGGUAGCAAUCAUUUAACUAGUCCCACAGUCAAUCUCAAAUCGCGCGACCAGCUCCGGCGCAUUGAAACCGGCAAGCUCAACAAUUCAUCCAACGGAACCGUCAACGGCAACGGCAGCUCGAGCGCCCACUUCCCCGACGACAUGGACGGCGAGACACGACCCCUCCUGGGGCACCGCCAGGUCGCCUCCGCCCUGCACGCCGAGCCCGGUUUCUGGCGCCAUCUCCUCUUCAACUCCCAGAGCAGUCCCGGCACCAACAGCCCGAAUCCCUUUGUCCGGUGGCCGGCACUAUUGUGGAACGUGACUAAAAUCACUCUGUUUAGCUCCUGGAUCAACCUCCUUCUCGUCUUCGUUCCAUUGGGCAUCAUCGCCGGCGAGCAGGAAUGGAGCGCCCCCUGGGUUUUCUCCCUCAACUUCUUCGCCAUUAUCCCCCUCGCGGCCGUUCUCUCGUUUGCGACGGAGGAAAUUGCGGGCCGAUUGGGCGAGACGCUCGGGGGGUUGGUGAAUGCGACCUUCGGAAACGCCGUGGAACUCAUCGUCAGCAUUGUGGCGCUACGCGCUGGAGAAAUUGAGGUCGUGCAGUCGUCCAUGAUCGGAUCCAUCCUGUCUAACCUUCUUCUCGUCCUCGGCAUGUGCUUCCUCCUCGGCGGCCUUUUCGAGCCCGAGGCCCAGACCGGUCAGGGUAAUAGCGAGGAGGAGCAUGAGCCGUUAUUGGGGCCCUGGGCGGCUGGGCUUGUUCUGGUGGUUGUAACGUUGAUCAUCUCGGUGUGCGCCGACUAUAUGGUGGACAGCAUCGACGCGCUGGUGGCGACGGGCAAUAUCAGCAAGACGUUUAUCGGCCUGAUCCUGAUCCCCAUCGUUGGCAACGCGACCGAGCAUGUUACCGCAUGCGUGGUGGCCGUUAAGGACAAGAUGGACCUGGCCAUGGGCGUGGCUAUUGGAUCGAGCAUCCAGAUUGCGUUGCUCGUGACGCCCGCGCUGGUUAUGCUAGGCUGGGCAAUUGGCCAGGACAUGACGCUCCACUUUGAGACAUUCGAAACCAUCGCUUUCGCGCUCUCUGUGCUGGUCGUCACCUACACCGUCCAAGAUGGCAAAUCUAACUACCUCGAGGGCGCUAUGCUUCUCGGCCUCUACAUGAUUAUCGCGCUCGCCUUCUGGGCCAGUCCAGCGGACGCCCUCGGCAAGGCCUAA